AUAACAUUUGAUUAUUUGAAUAGAGAAAAUGAAAUCAAACACUUAACUAAACACAAAUAAAUACCAUCUUUUCAACUAAGUGACUCAAAUAAGUUGAACUCAACAACCAACCUAUUUUGAUUUUUUGACUAACAAAACUCCAAAACCCUCUAUAAAUUUGAGAGAUGUUUCCAAUAUUUUUCAAAUCUUUCUACCAUCUUUGCCUUAGCUUAAUAGCUUGUAAUAACAUCCAUUAGCUUGUACAAAAUACCACUUAAUCAAACCAGAGUUUUUUCGAUUCUCGUCUAACUCUUACCUUCAUUCAGCCUAACCAGCAAUAGUAGUAACGUUAAUGGCUUCUCUAUCUUGUUCUACCUUAACCACUUCCAUUUUUCACACCCCUUUACUCCUCAAAACACCCAAACCUACCAAAUCUAAAAAUGGAACAAAUGGGUUUCCAUAUUCAUGCAAGAAACCAAUCUCUUGUCAUAACAAAAACAACUAUGAACCCCAAAUUGGCCCUAUUGAUAGAAGAAAUAUGCUCAUUGGUCUAGGAGGCUUGUGUGGGUCUGCUGCCACUUUAAACAGCGGUUUACCAGCCAAUACAUUAGCCGCCACAAUUGAACCAGAUUACCAAAAUUGUACGCUCACUGACGCCGCAUGGGACGGGUCAGUAGGAGACCAAUGCUGCCCACCAAAAAUCGACCCAUCAAAAUUGGUUGAUUUUAAAUUUGAGAACUACCCGAAUCCGGUACUGCGGGUCCGAAAACCUGCCCAUUUAGCGAUGAAAGACCCGAUUUGGUUGGAGGACUAUAAGACAGGUAUUGCAAAGAUGAGAUCUCUUCCUACGACUGACCCUCGCAGCUUAGUGCAGCAAGCGAGGGUACAUUGUGCUUAUUGUGAUGGAGCCUAUCCGGUUGUCGGAUAUCCGGAUACCCGUUUGGAAGUCCAUACGACUUGGUUGUUUGCUUCCUUUCAUAGAUGGGAAAUAUAUUUUUUUGAGAGGAUACUUGGGAAAUUGAUCGGUAAACCCGGAUUUGCAUUACCAUAUUGGAACUGGGAUCACCCAGAUGGCAUGCGGAUCCCAGCAAUGUUCAAUGACAUUAAUUCUUCACUCUACGACCCCAAACGCAAUCCAGACCACCUUACAAAGGUAGUAGAUCUAGCUUACAACAAGUCAUUCAUAGAGCCAGAUUAUAACGACCAGGAACAAAUCCAGCAAAAUUUACUGUUGGUUCGUAAGCAAAUGUUAUACGUAACCAAACCCGAACUGUUCUUCGGGGCCGAAUAUGUAGCGGGAGAUGUGGGUCAAUUCAAAUCCGCAAAUGCUGGUUCACUCGAAAGAUCACCACACAACAAUAUCCACAUCUGGACAGGACAAAAAACUGAAGGCGGUCAGAAUAUGGGCGCAUUUUGGUCCGCAGCACGGGAUCCUAUCUUCUACUGUCACCACGCUAAUGUUGAUAGGAUGUGGGAUAUUUGGACUAGAGAUCUUCCUGGCGAAGGAAGAGUUAAUCUCAAUGUUCCUGAUUAUCUCAAUAUUUACUUCAUUUUCUUUGAUGAAAACGCUAAUCCUGUUAGGGUUUAUAUUAGGGAUAGUUUCGAUAGCGAGAAAUUAGGGUUUACUUAUCAAAAACAGCCAUUACUUUGGCUAGAUCGCAACAAAACAGCUCCAAAGCCUAAGCGUACGACACUAAAGGCGGUACCAAAGCGGCGUACUGCAGUGAAGUCUGAUGUUGUUGAGUUUCCGAAGACAUUGAAUUCAGUGAUUGAAACAAAAGUAGAAAGACCGAAAAAGAAUAGAAGUGCGAUUGAGAAAGAGAAAGAAGAGGAGGUUUUGGUGAUUUCGUUUGAGAGUGGAAUGUGGAUGGGGUUCUGUAAGUUUGAUGUGUAUGUGAAUGAUGAUGGUAAGUAUGAUCUAAAAGGGAAGACUCAGAUUAAGGAUGAGUAUGCAGGGAGUUUUACUAGUUUGGGUCAUAAAGAUGGCGAAAAAGGGAUGAUGAGAAACGGAAUGGGGAAGAACAUAGAGCUGAAAUUGGCACUUACUAAUUUGUUGGAUGAUAUUGGUGCGGCGGAAGAUGAAGCCAUUCAGGUGGCCAUUGUACCCAGAAUUGGGACUGAAUCUAUUGUUAUUACUGGUGUUGAUAUUCAGUUUAUUGCUUAACUAUACUGUUGUAGAAAUGACAUGUAUAUUUCUAGAAAAUUUUACGUAUAAAUCAUCUUAAUAACCACUAUUUAAUAUCACAAUCAAAUGGGUUUGUAGAAAUCAUCGCUUUGAGUAAAUUUACACAAUUUUAUA